CGGACGUGUUCUCGCUGGCUAGCCUUUUUGUGUGGCCUGAAGGCUGAAGCACCGGUUUCUACUACUGGGAUCCCCCCCCCCGACCCCCUUCGAACGUGUCCAGCAGCAGCUGCGCGCAUCAUCGACGAUCACAGCCGGCAUCAUCAACGGGAAAUUGUGUGCUACUAAACAGGACGUGCAUCACUAGGCCUUGCGAAAGAGAGAGAGAGAGAGAGAGAGAGAGAGGACACAUUCUAGUGGAGAGUCGUAGCAGAAGCAGCAUUCAUCCCCUUCCCCAAUUGUGCAAACUUCAAGUUCCCGCCCUUCGGCGCUUCGAGGGGGGGGCAGGCUGUUUUUGGGGCCGAUCGGUGGCCAGUGGCUAGUGUGUGCGGUGUUUGUCUCUGUGCGUCUGAAAAAGAUAGAGAGGAAGGAGUGAAGGAAGAGAAGUUAAAGAAAAAGAGAGAGAGGGAGAGCGAGUGUGUGGUGAUGAUAGUAGUGUCCUCGUUGCCGGCAGUGCUACUAGCGCCCGCGUAAAUGUUACCACAGCGAAGGACCACUAGCAGCAGUAGCAGCAGCAGCAGCAGCAGCAGCAGCAGUAGCAGGAGCCGGGUCAUGAUAGUGGUGUCGUGCGAUUCGGCGGUAAUGCAGUAUAGUAAACUGCGGACAGCAGCAGAGUUUAUCCACUAACAGCAGUUUUUGUGACACGUGUCGUCUGGCCACAAGCAACUCCAACCCAACUUGUGGUUGGUGGUGUGUCUGGUGUGUCUACUGGAAACGGUCCCAUCCCCGUUUCCACUACUACUACUACUACUACUACCUCGAACGCAGUAGUGUCUUCUGCAUCCAGCGAGAGUAACUUUUGUCACUUCGUCAGUCGUAGCGAUCGCAGAUUGAUCACCUUUGCACAUCUGCUGCAAAGUGUGGGCGUGUGUGCGCGUGUGUGUGUGCGUGUUUGUUAGUGGCCCUCCAGUAGGGCCGCCAGUGUUUGUACCCAGUGGAAGGGUUGGAAAAGCAAAAAAAAAAACUCGAAUUCCGAGCACCAGCAGCAGCAGCAGCAGUAGCAGUGUCCUGCGGGAAUUGUGUGCUUGAGUGUGCUCUUGUGUGUGUCUCUGUGUGUUGCGGUUGUUGGAGUGUUGUCUACUAUCAAACAAUUACGCGUGACGAGUCCUUUUACGUCACACGAUCCCUACCGCGCCCCCUCCAGAGCGCCCCCACACUCAACAAAGUCGGAGCCUUGUCCUAGCAAAUGUGCCCACUAGCACACUAGCAUACUACCUACUACUACCGCGAAAGGUGGUGUGCUUGUGCGCGCGUUCUGCGGUUCACCGAAACUCACUUACCCUACAAUCAAACGCGUUCAGCGCGGUGGAUCUGGCCGGUUUUUUUUUUUUGUUUUUCCUAGUGCACACUCUGACUAGUGUUUCCAUUUGGGUGUGUGCGUUUUGUGUGCGUCUGCGGUGUGUGGUCUAGUGGAUUGAGGCGAAGAAAGAACCGGGCGCGGGCACCACCAACCAGCAACCAACCACCCCAGCGCGCGCCAAACCAAAUCGCGAGAACAGCCACAAGGCAGAACACGCAGCGCCAUUCCGGUAAAAUCCCCGCGAGACGCGAUACCGCGCACCACCACCCCCCCAUAUCCAUCAAUCAACUUUUGUGCCGGAAAGAAAAACCGAAAACUCAAAGGAGAAGAAAACAUCGUGGAAAACACAGUGUUCGUGUGUGGUUCCGUGCGUAGCGAGUGUUAAGUUGGGUUGGAGAGAGAGAGAGAGGAACGAGGAGUAGAAUCCCGACGUCCGGUUACCCAGCGCGUCGUCACACGCUCCAUUGGUAGUACCAGACAGGAGGAAACGGGAAGGAUGGCCUCAUCGGUAACGGGCAUGCAGUCGUCAAUGGAAACGUGGGAAGAGAUCCCACUGCCCGACAUGGACUUUAGCGUGUUCGACCAGCUCAACUCGGUCGACUACACGGACACGGUGGUGAAGGAGGAGCCCGGGACGGGCGGGGCAGUGGAUCCCGCCUACGCCAACCUGCUCGAGCUGCACCUGGCUGACCAAAAGCCACAGAUACGCCACGAUUGCAUGUGGUCCGGCGUUUGCGGUGAUCAGUCGCAUCCGGAAAAGUUCGGCCCGGGUUACAUGGGAGGACCGGGCGGUGGUUGCUGCGGUGGAUGUGGCCAUCAUCAUCCGGUGCAGCAGCAGCAGCAGCAGCAACAGACCGAUGAUGCUGAUACUGGGGCCGGUGGCCAGAGCAAGCCAAAGGUAGCGGUCAUAGUAGCCGGUGGGAGCAGUGGAUCCACCAUCAACACCACCACCACCACCACCACCACCACUGCUACAGGCAGCAGCAAGCCCAACAACGUGCAACCAUUCCGGGCAGCGACGAGUGCAGCGCAGCUGCCGGCCGGUAGCUCACUACUCAUUAAACGGCAGCAGCAUCAUAAUCUUCAACAGCAACAGCAACAGCAACAGCAGCAACAGCAACAACAACAGCGCCAAAGUCGUACCCCGUGCGGUGUAGUAGGAGCAACCUCGCAACCAACGCCACCAUCGGCAGUGCCACUUCGCCUGCCCUACAUCUCGACGCGCACGUUCUUGGAGGAGCGCAAGUACCAGGUGCUCAGUGGUGCAGCGAACCAGCCGCGCCCCGACACACCGCUCAGUCUCGACGAUGAUCCGCCGGAAUUCAAGCAUAACCUGGACCUCGUCGCUACGUGCACCAUCGGCUCGAACCAGCUGAAUCUGCUACCGUCAGGGGAUGCCACCACCACCACCACCACCACCGCCAAUGCAGCAUCCAUGAACGGUAACGGGGCCGCCGCAUCGUGUGGCAGCAGCAGCCCGUCGAGCUCGUCGGCCAGCAGUCGAGGAUUGUCCGCCGGUUACGCGUCCGGCUCGUCGCCGCCGACAUUUGCGUGCUGCGGCGGUGUCAGUAGUGGCCACUGCCAUACGGCCCAGUGCUACUACCAGUACCUGCAGGACGAGAGCACGUUGCCAGUGGGCGGCGGAUAUCAGCACCGGCACCGGCACAACAACCACUACUACUACCAGCAUCAGCAGCACCAGCAGUACCAGCACCAGCACCAGCACCAGCAGCACCAGGACGUGGACACCGAUAGCCUGUUCCAGCGGCCCGACUCACCGGACAGUGGGUGCAGCGAUAGUAGCAGCAACCUUUCCCAGCUGUUGCGCGAUCUGCGCGACAUUGAGGAGCGGGACGCCAGCUCGUUUGCCUCACCGGUGUCGUCCUCCGAUCUCGAUUACGGCCACUAUCAGUACUGUGGUGGUGGUGGUGGUGGUGGUGCGACGAAAAACAACAACAACAGUUACUGCAACCAGCAGAACGGCAGCUGCAGUCGUAGCAGCAGUAGUAGCUGCUGUAGUGGAACCGGUUGCAGCAGUACCACCAAUCUCCAAACCUCCACCCUCACGCGCCAGGAACAAUCGAUGAAUGGUGCCGCCGGUGCGUUGCGACAGCGGCAGAGUAAAAAGCUGAUGCCGGCCACGGCCGUUGGCGCCUACCGCUACCCGAGACAAACGCACAACUGGGCAACGCACACUAGCAGCAGCAGCAGUAGCAGCAGCAGCAGCCAGCGAUUGCUGUACGGUGACUACGAUGCGCAUGACGAGGAAGAAGAGGCUGACGUCCGUGGGAUGUACUACAGUCGGAGUCGCGUUUCCUCCACCUCUUCGGCUGGCGGUGAAGGGGGGGACUACAAUGACGAGAACGGCGAGAAUGACAACGACCCCGAGGAGGAGGAGGAGGAGGAGGAGGAGGAAAAUGAAGGGGUGGAUUCCGAUUCGGUAGACGACGACGAUGACGAGGAAGAGGAGGAUGGUGAGAAAUCGGGCGAUGAAGAUCCCACCACCAGCGACAGUGGCACCGACGGCGAGUGUUGUGACGUAAGCAGCAGGCGAGCAGGAGCAGCAUCGCUGCAGCAACACCACACCACCCCCCAAGCACCGCGUGCAAUUGUCCUGUUUGCCGAUGAGGAGCAGCAGCAGCUGCGAUAUGGUGCGCCCAGCAUGGGGCGCCGUGCUGCGGCAGUGGCGGUGGCCGCCCGGAUGAAUGCCACCAACCAUCACCGAGGCCACCCGGUACGAAAGCAUAAGAAAAACAGUCGUCAUCAGCAGCAAAGGCGACGCCAGCAGCAGCAGCAACAGCAACAGAAGAAGAAGAAGAAUUUGUUGGCGGCCGGUCGGUCGAGUAGCAGCAGCGCCAGAGCCACUGCUGCUGUACGGGCUGCAGGAGGCCGAGCACUGCUGCCUAAUCAGCAGCAGCAGCAGCAGCAGCAGCAGCAGCAGCCACGCCACGGAUCGCUGACCACCGGAAGCUGCGGUGGUGAAGGUGUCUCGUCGUCGUCGUCGUCGUCGUCGUCAACGGGAGCAGCAUCGGUGAUGCCGCCGUACACUUGCCACCAGACAACGCACGAUGGUGACCACAGUUACACCCGGCCCAAGGGUGGCUACAACAUGACCGAGCUAGGCGUACAGACGCCCUCCGAUUCUGAGGAGGAAAUCGAUGUCGUCUCGAUCGGGGACAAGAAUCUGCCGACCAACCCGACGGCACGCGACCGCCGCGCCCUCCAGUCGACGGUGGCAAGCAAGAUCCGGAAGCAGCAGGCCGCACGCAACCAUCACCAUCACCACGUAGCGGCCGCCGGCUCGUCGCUCGCUGGCGGCUACCAUAGCCAUGAGCAGCACCAGCAGCAGCAGCAGCAGCACUACGGUGCCGCGGCAGCAGGCGCUGGCGGGUCCCGGUCGGCCGGCGGUGCCAAUCUGAUGCUGGGCAUCUAUCCGACGCCCGCCGGAUCGACCACAAUAUCCGGCGCUAACACGCCGCUUGCAACUGCCGGCAGCUUGAGUGCCGCGUCCUCGCCACCGCCAGCUCCUCCUACCAGCGGAUCGCGCAAGCGCUCCAUCAGUAUGCGAGGGGGCCGUGGUGGUGCUGGCAUCGGCCCCUCCUCCUCCUCCUCGUCGGCCAAGCGUGCCCGGCUGCAGGGGAAAAAGUCUGGUGUGACAACAGCAGCCGGCAACGGCCGUCAUCAUCACCAUCAACAGCAGCAGCAGCAGCAACACCAUCACCAUCACCAUCACCACCACCACCAGCAGCAGCAGCAGCAGUCGUCGUCGUCGUCGUCGGCGGGGGGUUCCGCUAGUUACUGCGACGAGCUGGAGACGGUGGAGAAGCGCAACCUGCACAACAACAUGGAGCGGCAGCGGCGGAUCGGGCUGAAGAACCUGUUCGAGGAGCUGAAGCGCCAAAUACCGAGCCUGCGGGAGAAGGAGCGGGCACCGAAGGUGAACAUACUGCGCGAGGCGGCCAUACUGUGCACGCGGCUGAACCGCGAGGCCGAGCAGGUGCAGGAGCUGCGCCAGCGUCAGCAGAAGCUGUACGAGCGUGUCCGCUACCUGCGCGCCUCGAUCGCCAACCAGCGCCAACAGCAGCAGCAGCACCAGCAGCAGCCGCCGCUCGACGUCGAGUAAAACUCACGCGAAGAAGCGGUCGGUUACGUACGCGCGAACGAAACGCCCAUCAUCAUCAUCGGCAGGCUUCCUGGCUUAGUUUGCGGCAAACUAAAGCUUAACCCGGUAACUACCAACACUCAUCUCAUAUGCAUUAGCAAACAUCAUCACUCCCUUCUAUCCUUGGGUGUUUGCGUGUAUAUGCAUGUUUAUUUUAUUUUUUUUCAUUCGUCAUUCGCUUUAUAUACAUUUAUUAGCAACAUACUAGAUGACACAUCGAACGAGCGAGCGAGA